AUGUCCCUGUUGGACUACUGGGACACCCAGCGUCCCUCUGUCAAGCGCAGGAAAGUCGCCACGGAUGAAGAUCAGGAACGCCCCUCCCAUCGAAAAGACAAUACUCCUACUGAGGGAAAGGAAUUGAAUAAUAUUGAAAGCCCGGGGAUGGACACACCGGAUAUACAUCAGCUCGACGUGCAAUUGGAGACGGCAGAUGCCCCGUCUAACAGUCAGACAGAGCUGGAGUCUUCCCUCCCCGCUAUAAAGACAGAUAUUGAGGCAAUUGAGGAAUACGAGUCUUCUCAGCAGCAGGAGGAUGGUUCAGAACCUGACUUGCAUGGAAGACUGCAAAACGGGGGUUGGAGAAAGGGAAGAAGCUCGAUAUAUGUUGACGCAUUCAAUUUAGCGCUGGAGACGGUGCUGGACGAAGAGGCGCAUCUAUUCAGCGAGCCUGAAUUGGAGGUUUUCAGGCGAUGGAAAGACCUCUCAUAUGAGGCCCAGUAUCUAUAUGUGCGACUCUUUCUUCGCAAGACGUCUGCAUGGCAUCGUGUCAACCGCUUGGGAUAUUAUUCGGAUAUCACAGACAUGUCUAGCGCUGUUGAAGAUCUCCGAUUGUGGCACGGACUCCCUUCGACGAAUUCGCCUAGUGAGAAUGGGGCCAGUGAGAACGGGGCCACUUUGAUGCCUGCGUACGGCUUAGAGGAGCUACGCGGCGAGUUCCGAUUUGCAGACGAUACAUCCGACAUUCAUACCUUGGAGGCAGCUUCGUCCUUGCUACUGCUCGAAGAAUUGAAGGCUUUCGCAAAAGAUGCCAAAGUCCAAGGAAAGAGCAAAAAAGAGCUGUUGGCUGCUCUGCGUCGCGGAAGCCAAGAACAAACAGGUUUGGACUGGACAAAAGAUUCGACUGCCACCAAUAGAGACAGUCACUUCGUCCAAAGAAUUCUUGAUUACACUGGGGAUUGUAUAAGGCUUGCGGCAGGUCCCCGUGCCCUUUUCGAACGGGUGCACCUGGUCUUUUAUAGGUCGACAGAGUGGACCGAAAAAUCACUCACCACUAUAAUCCUGGCUAAGAUCUCUCGGAGGAACUUCCCCGAGUAUGUAGUCUGCCGCGCGAACUCGAUAUUUCCCUCGCGGGACUUUUUGCUCGAGUUUGAGUCGGCAUUACGGACACAGUACCGUAUAGACAACAUGCUUGAAUUCAACGGGACCCCCACUACUGAGCUCCUGGAGCAGAUUCGAGCCAUAGCCUACGAUGUGUAUCCUCGAUGGAAAGCACUACUCGAACAGGAAAAACGCAAGGAAGAGACAAUAUAUGAGUACGGGGAAGGCGCGUACCUGCGCCGCUUUUCUCCGGCGUGGGUGUACACACGGAUCAUCCACAAAGGCCUCCUGCCGCUGGGACGGUUCAAGGACUACAAGGAGGAGUAUAGGCUUCUUUGCGAGCUAUUGGGUCAGCGCUUGUUUCACGCCGCGCGGCGCGGAGCAUGGUAUCAGCGCAAGGCGCUUCUGGAGGAACACUACUUGUGGGCUUUGAGCGCAUUCGACGAACGUAGCGAGGACAAUCAACGAAAACAUUGGAGACGCAUUGCUCUGCAGACAUGUGAAACCGGUCUCGAAGACCCAUACUGCCACCUUAUAUACCACUAUGAUCUGCAGAAACGGAUCACAAAGCUCGAACGAGCUCUCAAGGUAGUGAAACGCGAGCAACACGACUUUGGGCAUGUCAUGCUCUCCAAACCGAUAGAACGGACCGUCGAAGGCAUUCGGAUCGAGCGGGAGGAUCCCUCCGGAGCUGCAGCCAUCAACGAGGUUACAUCUAGACGAGGACGUCCAACGGUUUGGCUCGAUGAGCGAGAAGGCAACGGCGAAUGCAGAGUCGAGGAGAUGUGUCUAAGCUGGUACCAAGACCAGGGCUGGAAGGGAUACCACUCCGAAGGAGGAAUUGUCCGAACACUCUUUAGUUACCUCUUCUACGACAUCCUUUUCACCUACGUCCCCAACGUGUUCCAAACACCCUUCCAGACCUGCCCGCUAGAUCUGCACACGGACGCCUUCUACCCCACCCGCGCCUCCGAGAUCAAUCACCGGCUCGUCGAAAUAGCCAACGGCGCAGCCGAGCGCCUCAUCCGCGCCGUCCAUGCCGCUCACGCGCCCAGCCAGCCUUGCGCCAUCGGGCUCGACUGGUCCUUUGAGCUCGACGACCUCGUCGAGAUCGCGCGCUGCUUCCGCGGCGAGGCUCUAGCGGCAGUCUGCAAGGUCAUGGCGCAGGAGUACCAGCAGCGCGGAGGCGGCAUCCCCGAUCUGUUCCUCUGGCGGGUGGACACCGGGCAGGUGAUGUUUGCGGAGGUCAAGUCGGAGAAUGACCGGUUGAGUGAUACGCAGCGGUUGUGGAUUCAUGUGCUGACGGGGGCGGGGGUAGACGUUGAGCUCUGUAAUGCUGUUGCGAAGGAGGUGCGGGUGAUCUGGUAG